AUGACGCCACGAACCGCUCACAGCUCACCACGCGCGGCGUCACCGCCCUACUCCCAGCUCGACGAGCUCGACGCCCAUUUGCCAGACGAUGUAAUCGAGCAAGUAGCCAAGCUUGCCUACCUGCUCCAGGCCGAACUUGUGGAGUGGCAGGCGCCGCGCAGCCUCGUCGCCCAAGCGGUAGCGAAGGCCGCGACGCGCGGCUGGCGUAAUGCCGACAACGAUCAGUUGAUCGGGGACCCGGCCGUCGCGCGCCUCGCCCGCGCGCUUCUUGACGACGAGUCGUGGAGCGCGCCCGCGAGCGCGCCCGCACCGCGGCAGGAGCUACGGGAGCUCGCGGUCCUGACCAACGCAUUGGAACGGGCCCGGGCCGACGCGGCCGAGCUGCGCGCGGAGCUCGAGCGGACGCGGUCGCCGUCGUCCAAGGGCGCGGCGCGGCGCGUCGCCGCGGCGCGGGACCUCGCUCGCGACACGGAAGCCCGGGCGCGCCAGACGAGCGCCGCGAUUCAAUCCGCGAAGGCGACCUGCCGCGCCGAGGUCGCGAGCGCCCGCGAGGAUCGGAGGGAGGCGGAGGCGGGCGCCGAGCAGGCGCGGGCGGAGGCGGCGAAGGCACGCGCCGCCCGGGACGCGACGGAACUCGAGGCGGCCGCGAUGCGAAGCGAAGCCGCCGCCGCCGAGCAGCGCCGCGACGCCGCCGAGGCCGCCGCAGCCGCCGCGGAGCGGCGGCGCGCCGCGGCGGACGUCUCUCCCGAGGACAUUCAGCGGCUCCGGAAGGAGGCCCGCGACCUGCGGGACGCGGUCGCGAGCGGCGAAGCGCGGGCCCGCGACGCGGCGGCCGCGCGGCAACGCGACGAGGCGCGGGCGGACGCCGCGAAGGAGCUCGCGGGUCGGCUGGAGCGCGAGGCCGCGGCGGCGCGCGACGCGGCGGCCGCGGGCCUCUCGGCCGCGACGCGCGCCGCCGAGGACGCUAGGCGGGAAAUCGCAUUGCGGGAUGCCGCCGUCGAGGCCAGGAGGCGCGCCGAGGCCGCAGUCGCCGACCAGCGCCGGGCCCUCGCGCGCCUCGAGGCCGCCGUCGCGGCCGAGACGAAGAGCCUGGUCCGCUCGGCGCCGCCGCCGCCGCCUCCGCCGGUCGUCGUCGAGCCGAAGCCUCCGGAGGUGCCGGAGGGCUCGCUCGCGGACGAGGUGCACCGCCUCGCCGCGAAACUCGUGGCGGUGACGCGGGGGCCGCUGGAGGAGCGGAACGCGAGUCGGUGACUGCUAAUUUUCGG